CAUUUCUCACAUCUCUAGCACCAUACCAUCGUUUCGUGUUUCGACUUUUCCAGGCCAACUUAAAAACGAUUUUUCCGUGGUGAAAAGUGCAAUUCGCGCAAGGAAAAUCUUCGAUGUGGUCCUUUUAAGCCAUCAAGAUUGCAUUUUGGAAAUUUUCCGCCUGCAGCUGGCCCUGGACGUGCUUUGUAUCCGUGGAGAACAGAGACGCAAAGAUAGACGCCGUGUGGGGUUGGGUUGCUUCCGGCCCGCUGCGCUUAGCAGCGAACAGAAUGGGCGACCUGCCGGGCUCGGGCUCCACCGCUCAACCACGGGAUGCUGCUGUUACCGGUACAGGUGGUAAUUCCACGGCUGGUGGCGGCUCCUCCGUUGGAUCAACGGCAGUGGACCGACCUCCGUCGCCCGCCCGCCUCUCUCACACGUCCGAGAAACAUCCGAAGGUCACGCUCACGGAACUAAAUAUGCUACGGCGCCAUCGGGAGCUCUGCGAUGUGGUGCUCAACGUGGGCGGACGGAAGAUCUUUGCCCACCGGGUCAUUCUGUCCGCCUGCAGCUCCUACUUCUGUGCCAUGUUUACUGGCGAACUGGAGGAAUCGCGCCAGACUGAGGUCACCAUACGCGACAUCGAUGAGAAUGCCAUGGAGCUGCUCAUCGACUUUUGUUACACCGCCCACAUCAUGGUCGAGGAGUCGAAUGUCCAGACCCUCCUUCCCGCCGCCUGCCUGCUUCAACUGGUUGAGAUUCAGGACAUCUGCUGCGAGUUCCUCAAACGGCAGUUGGAUCCCACCAACUGCCUGGGCAUCCGCGCCUUUGCCGACACACACUCCUGCCGGGAACUUCUUAGGAUCGCGGACAAAUUUACGCAGCACAACUUCCAAGAGGUUAUGGAGAGCGAGGAGUUCCUACUGCUCCCUGUCGGCCAGCUGGUGGACAUCAUUUGCAGCGACGAACUGAACGUGCGCUCCGAGGAGCAGGUCUUCAACGCGGUCAUGUCCUGGCUCAAGUACAAUGUCGCCGAGCGGCGACAACAUCUGGCACAGGUGCUCCAACACGUCCGUCUGCCUCUACUCUCUCCAAAGUUCCUGGUUGGCACGGUUGGCUCCGAUCUCCUGGUGCGCAGCGACGAGGCCUGCCGGGAUUUGGUGGAUGAGGCCAAGAACUAUCUGCUACUUCCGCAGGAGCGACCGCUGAUGCAGGGCCCACGCACUAGACCGCGCAAACCAACUCGACGAGGAGAAGUGCUCUUCGCCGUGGGCGGAUGGUGUUCCGGCGAUGCCAUAGCCUCCGUUGAGCGUUUCGAUCCCCAGACCAACGACUGGAAAAUGGUCGCUCCAAUGAGCAAACGACGCUGCGGAGUUGGCGUGGCCGUGUUGAAUGACCUACUCUACGCCGUGGGCGGUCAUGAUGGCCAGAGCUAUCUGAACAGCAUAGAGCGCUAUGAUCCACAAACGAAUCAGUGGUCCUGCGACGUGGCACCCACCACUUCCUGCCGCACCAGCGUGGGCGUGGCUGUGCUCGACGGCUUCUUGUACGCGGUGGGCGGCCAGGAUGGCGUUCAGUGCUUGAACCACGUGGAGCGGUACGAUCCGAAAGAGAACAAAUGGUCCAAAGUGGCUCCAAUGACAACUAGACGCCUGGGAGUGGCGGUAGCCGUGCUUGGAGGAUUUCUCUACGCAAUUGGCGGCUCCGAUGGACAGUGCCCGUUGAACACCGUAGAGCGAUAUGAUCCCAGACACAACAAAUGGGUAGCCGUCAGCCCGAUGUCCACGCGACGCAAGCAUCUGGGCUGUGCUGUGUUCAACAACUACAUUUACGCCGUCGGCGGGCGAGACGAUUGCAUGGAGCUCUCGUCCGCCGAGCGCUACAAUCCACUGACCAAUACCUGGAGCCCAAUUGUGGCCAUGACCUCCCGCCGUAGUGGGGUUGGCCUGGCCGUCGUUAAUGGACAGCUGUAUGCUGUGGGCGGCUUUGAUGGUUCCGCGUAUUUGAAAACCAUCGAGGUCUAUGACCCAGAGACGAACCAAUGGCGUUUGUGUGGCUGCAUGAACUAUCGUCGGCUGGGCGGCGGUGUGGGCGUGAUGCGGGCCCCUCAGACUGAGAACUAUAUGUGGUGCGAAAAUAGUUUUAAGCAACCAAAUUCCUGAAACUAACUCAACUCCUAUCCCUUCCAUUGCUGAUGAAAUGUUGUCUUGUCUCUCUUUCCCCCGAAAACAUGCUAACAAACUCAGGAUCCGGAAAGAUUCUGUUGUCUGAUGGGAACAGCAGCCGACGACGUUGCCCUCGCAAACGUUGCCGCCGCCGCACUUCUACUAACAAUAUCCGCAAUCGAAGCCAAAUCUAAUCGACUAAACAAAACACCUUUCCCCCCAUUGUCUAGCAGUAUAAUCGCUUUGUAUUAAUUGUUAAUUGUUUAUUUGGUAGAGCCUAAAGCGCAUGUCUGUUAGACUUUUCCAGAAUAGUAUUAGAGUUAGCACUGCCCUUUUCCCUUUUCCCCAUUCACCUGCAAUCACUCAUCCCCAUCACUCUGUGCGUAAUUAUAUAUGAUUGUACUGUACGUUAAGCAAGUAUAAAUAACUUAAUAUCUAAAUGUUGCUGGUGGUAUUUCAUGGAAAUCGCUAGCUCAUAACCAUGCCUUCUUUCGAAAAAACAAAACAGAAUCAAAUAUUAACUUAGAAACGAAUUCGAUUAGUUGUAAAUCUUAAAACGAUGAGCUCUAAAGUCAAGUAACAAAUUGGUAUUAAAAUAAUUUAGUCUUAAGGAGUGAAUUCAAGAAAGUUUGUCCGAAAUUAAACAUCACAAUGGUGCAAUAUUUCGAUCGACCAACCUAAUGAUGUUGUUUAGUCAAGUACCCUUUAAAUCAUUGCAAUCAUCUUCAAUAACCCACUACCUAUAUGGAGUGAACCGAAUAAUUGCAAAUUUGAAAAGAUUGAAUAUUCAAUUUGUCAAGCUUAAAAAACCAUUAAGAUAAUCACACACAAUGAAGAAGUUAGACCUAGCCCAAAUGAAUUCAAUAGUAACAAUUAACAAUUACACAGCAGUAAGAUCAACUUUAAGCUAAUAAAUUUUAAUAUUGUUACUCCUAGAUCGUAAACCGGUAAGAGUUUUCGGCCGGAAUCAGGUCAAGUUUUAAGAUGAAUUAUUGUUAAACCAAGUUUGACCAUCGAGCUGAAAGAACCAACUCGAAUUAAUUGCUUAGAUAAGGGAGUUAAAACACAACCAGACUCUCAAUAACAACACAUUUUGUUUGUUGCCUUUUACACCAACACUAUUAAACAAUUAUUUAUUCAAAAUUAUUUAUUACACGCUUUUGUAUCUCAUUUAGUUUAUUUUAGGGUGCACAUUUGUCAUUACUUUAUACACUGUUGUUAAAUCGAGCAAAAGGGAAUUAUCUUUGCUUCCAAGUGGUCAAUAAGAAUAGCAUUUAUGAAAAACCAAGCUUAUUUAUAUUAUAGCUUUAAGUAAAUGGUCAACACAAAUAAUCGCACUAUGCGUAGUUCAACAAUGACUCUUCAUAGUUGCAUUGAGUGGAAAAAAAGUGCUUAACGCAAAUAAUAAAAGAAGUGUUAACCUAAGGAAUGAUCGUAAACCCGUGCUAUGUAUAAGAAUAUAUAAUAAUAAAAAUAUAUCAAAACUAA